UUGGAAUUGAGAUUAUUUCAUAGAAACCAAGUCAUAAAUUUGAGUCAAUCUCGAGUCACCGAAUCCCCUAGAUCGGUGCCUUCUACUUGACCUGUGAUUCACCAGCUGCGUCCUGUUCGGUCAUCGCCUUUCCAGAUUCAGACACCGCCACUGUGAGAAGAGCGAGAAAGUAUAACGGCAACCGGAGAAGAAAGGAAUGGAGGAAGAUCGCAGUGCUGGUAGCAACGGCGGUAAUCUGGAUUCAGGAAAAGCGGAGAGACAGGUUUGGCUGAUGAAGUGCCCGCUGGUUGUGUCCAAGUCUUGGCAGUCUCAGUCCAAGUCCUCGUCCGCCGACUCUCAGCCCUCCGUCGCCAAGGUCACUGUCUCCGUCGAUCCUCUCUGUCCCUCCGACGAUCCUUCUUCUCUCCAGUUCACGAUGGAGGUGGCUGGUAAUGAAAAUGGGAACGUGCCGAAAAGCUACUCUUUGAAUAUGUUUAAAGACUUUGUUCCAAUGUGUGUUUUUUCUGAGACAAAUCAAGGUAAAGUUGCAGUGGAAGGGAUUGUGGAGCAUAAAUUUGACAUGAAGCCCCAUAACAAGAAUUUGGAGGAGUAUAGCAAAAUGUGCCGUGAAAGGACAAAUAAAUCAAUGAUUAAGAACCGACAAAUUCAAGUGAUUGACAAUGAUCGUGGAAUCCAUAUGAGGCCCAUGCCUGGAAUGGUUGGCUUAGUUGCUUCGAGUUCUAAGGAUAAGAAGAAAGCAGCUCCCAUUAAGGGAACAGAUGUGAAAAGAACUAGAAGGGAUCGUGGGGAACUGGAGGAUAUUAUGUUUAAGCUUUUUGAAAGACAGCCAAAUUGGGCCUUGAAGCAGCUUGUCCAAGAAACAGAUCAACCAGCGCAAUUCUUGAAGGAGAUUCUGAAUGAACUUUGUGUCUACAAUAAAAGAGGAACAAACCAAGGAACUUAUGAGCUAAAGCCUGAAUAUAAGAAAGCUGUUGAGGAUUCAGGUGCUGAAUAAAUUGUAUUUUUCCAAAUGAUUACGCAAGAUAUUAAGCUUAGGGAAGAAAGGUGGAGCUUUCUUUGUUAGCUGCAUCUCUAUAUUUAUCGAUAUUGUGUAGUUGUGAAAUGUUCUUGUUAAACUCAAGUGGUUAUAGAAGUAUAAAAGUGGCAUAAACUUAUCAGCUCCAUCUCC